AUGGGAAAGCACUCCAAGAACAACAACGAGCGCGCCUUCUUCUCGCACGCGGAGCGGCAGGCUGCCAAGUACGGCCGCCACUCCUCGGGCCUCCUUGGCGGCCACAACACCGCCGGAGGGAACUUCGUCGACACUGGCUGGGGCAGCCACAAGCGGACGCUCGACAGCGACGCGAUGAAGGACUUGGACGCGUGCAGCCUGACGCUAGUGCCGUGCGUCGAUCCCGUCAUCACGCCCAAGGGCGUCGUCUACGACAAGCAGGUCAUUUACCAGUACAUCCUCGACCGCAAGGCGGAGAUUGAGCGCGAGCUGCGCGCGCAGGAGGGCCUCUCCAAGUCCGACCUCGCCUCCCGCCGACCCAGCGACCCGUCGUCCUCCGGCGGCGCAGUCGGCGCGCUGAUGGGCCGCACGCUCGUGGAGGACACCGGCAAGCACGCGGCGGACACCAGCUUUUGGGUCCCGCAGCUGACGCCGCAGUCCAAGAGCCUUCUGGACAAGCCCGACGGAGUCGUCCGCUGCCCGAUCACGAACGAGCCCCUCAAGCUCAAGCAGCUCUACCCGCUCUCCUUCACGCGCGCUGACGAGUCCCUCACCUCCGCCGAGACGCUCGCGAAGCCGCGCAAUGAGAGGUACAUCUGCCCGCUCUCGAAGAAGGCCCUCUCCAACACCAACCCCGCCGCCUUCCUCCGCCCGAGCGGCACCGUCGUCUCUGUCUCGUGCGUCGACUCAAUCAUCAAAAAGGACAUGGUCGACCCCUUCACGGACCCGCCCACGCGCCUCAAGGAGAAGGACAUCAUCCCGCUGCGGGUCGAGGGGACGGGCUUCGCCGCAAAGACCGACGAGAAGGCGCUCAAGGUGACAAAGACCGACGUGAUGGGCUUCUGAUGCGCGCCCAGGCGCCCACGCUCCCCGGACGGCGGGGGGCGCGCUGAAUUCUCGGCGGGGACUAAACGCGGGGACAUUAAACGGAUGGGUGGCUGUUGUUCAUCCGGACCGCUGAUGUGCGGACGUCGUCCUCUUCGACAUGCGCCGCCAACAACAACACAUGUGUAAAAAUAUCGUGUACAGUCAGUCACAAGUUUCCCGAAAAGACAAGUCCGUGUUCUC